AUGGAGCAACCUCCAGAAGAUUAUUUGAAGUAUCUGCUGGUAUGGGUUCGGAUUCAUAACAUUCCAGUAAACCAUUAUACCAAAGAAUCCAUUACUUCCCUAGGAGAUCUAGUUGGGGAAGUUGAUGAAGUUGCUUUUGAUCCAGACAAACCCCAAAGUCAUGAUUAUGUAAGGGUUCGGGUUUUCUUUGAUGUAUCGAGGCCUGUGAGGAGAUCCAAAGUGGUCAAUCUACCUAGUGGUGGAUCAAUUGGUGUUGAUAAGGAAACAGGGCGCCUGAAAAUCAAUCCGGAGGUCUUACAAAACAUGCGAGAAUACAUCUUAGCAUCUGAAGGUGGGGAGAGAAGUGUUCGAAAAGAGAGGGUGAAAAAAUAUGUUCGACAGAAGACUAUUUUGAGACUGGAACCUCCUCCUAAGAUCACUACUGAUGUUAACAAAGACAAGGGUAUUGUUUUCAAUGUUUCUGGCGCAGAGGAAGAGCAAAGGAAAACAGAGAAAAAUGACUCAAUUGAUGGUAUGAGAAACGCAAGUAGAUUCACGCCAGGAGGAGUCAGAGAGUUUCAAGUGGCAGAAUCUGGUUACAGUGGUUCAUCUUGUCAGUCCUUUUUUGAAUGUCCGACGGGUUUUAGCGCAGGGAUGGUCAGUGCUAGAUCUUCCGGAUAUCUUUUUCUAAAGGAAUGGGAGGACGUAAAAGGCCUUCAAAGAGGAUGA